ACAACUUCAGCUCGCACUUUCUCAUCUGAUCUCAUUAACCACUGAAAUGGCUGACAAAGAUUUGUUAAUGCUGGAAAGCUACUUUGCCAGCGACUAUGGCUUUGAUUCAGACGACACAGAUUUUGAUGAGCUGGACUGCUCUGAUCCUUUGGCCAUGAGCGGCAGAUGUGACAUGCACAAUGGAAUCCGUAUCGAGGUCACCAAGGAGCCUCUUAGCAUGCGCAGUGUUGCUAACAUUGUAAUUGCUCUGAAGAGGCUGAAGCACACUCAACAUGUUCAGUCCACAGAGUUCACAGACCAGGACCUCUUCAAUAUCUUCAUGGAGAAUGUGAUUGAAGAGAGCGUGGUGAUCAAUUUGGAGUGUAGCGAAUCCAAGAGUUACAGCAUGCAGGACAAGAUUGUGCAGUGUACAAUAUGUGACAAGUCCAAAAGGGCCUUGGUGCAGAGAGACAAGCUUCCUAUUCUGCUGGCCAUUACUCUGAAGGGUGGAAAUGAGAAUAAUAAAGCAUGGUUCAACCUCUCAGCCUUCAAUCCACCAAACUGCAAAGAAAACACAAAAGGCCAGCCUGUGUGUUUGGGAAUUGUGAAGAGCAACCUCUUUCUGUCAUGCAAACUUCAGAAUGAAAUUCCUUUUCUCAGCAUAGAGGAGGUAGAAGACAAAGAGAAUCUGAAGGCCAUCAGGGAGAAUGAUGAAAUGGAGCGCUUCCUUUUCUUCAGAAAGGGCUCUGGUGACACCCUGAACACCUUCGAGUCGGUCAGAUACCCGGGCUGGUUCAUCACCACUUCCAAGGACGACUUUAAGCCAGUGCAAAUGUCUAAACAGCAAUCCAGCCACCUCCAGCUGUUCACACUCCAUGAUGAGACAGUAGUCCCUCAGAAUGAGUUCUAAUUCAGAAAACAGUUUCCAGAAAGUAUGUACUAGGUACAAGUGUAAAUCUGGAGGCUCAUUACAUGUUUAAGUAUAUCUCAUCUUGAGAUACCUGACUGGCCUUUGCUUAUUUGUGGUUUCAAAAUACUGUUUUUUAUCUAACUGUAUUUAUCUUAUUUAUUAUAAAGUUUGUACUGAUUUCAUUACUCUAAUGUAUUGAUAUGUUUAAAAGCCUAAUAAAUGUUUUUUCAGAUGCAUGGCAUUGUAUAGGAUUUGCAUAAAGAUAAGAAACCUUAGUGUAAUUUAUGCUGAAUUUUUGGAUACACUAAACUAACUGCACUGACCUGCAGAUAAAUCUCAGACAUUUCUUGCCUGAAAGGAGAGCAAUUGCACUUUAAUAUAAUUUAUCUGGUUAAAGUUAUCAUCCCAUCAGUAUGCAGAGAUAGUCAGAUGAACUAUCUUCAGGUCAAUGGUGCAUCUUAGAAGACGAUGUCCAACAAUGCAUAAAGAGAAAAUAGUAGAAUUAUUUAAAAUCAGAAUCAGAAUCACCUUUAUUUUCAAGUACUGUGGGUUUACAUGUGAAAGGAAUUUGUCUUGGUAUACUGGUG